AUGACUCCGGGCUCAUGGACCUUAUGUUGUUUAUUUCAGAGCAUUGUAAAAAUUUGUUUCCAUGAGCGCCGCCUUCAGUACAUGGAAAAGGAACAGAUAGAUAGCUGGCAGAACACACGACCAGGGGAAAGAAUCCUUGAUAUUGAUGUUCCAUUGUCAUAUGGAUUGAUUGAUGUCAACAUUGACAGAGAACGUCUUAAUGGAGCUGAAUUUGUUUGGGAUCCAACCAAGGAAUCAGGUGUCUACAUCAGGGUAAACUGUAUCAGUACAGAGUUUACAGCCAAGAAACAUGGUGGAGAAAAAGGUGUACCUUUCCGUCUACAGAUCGACACCUACACCCAUGGGGAAAAUGAAAGCAAGCUGGUUCACUGUGGCUCUUGUCAAAUCAAAGUCUUUAAGCCAAAGGGAGCGGACAGAAAACAUAAGACAGACAGAGAAAAAAUGGAGAAAAGAACAGAAGCUGAGAAGGAGAAAUACCAGCCAUCAUAUGAAUGCACAGUGUUAACAGAGGUUUCCUUGGAGCAAGUUACACAUGUUGCCACCUCAACUGUAAAAUCACCAAACAAUGCAUUUGCCAGUCUCACCCAGAGCUUUAGUGACUUGCAUGCUGGAUCCCCUGCACAGAAUAGCAAAACUUUUCCAGGAGAUGGAGAUGAUUCUUCUAGCUGUAAUGGAGGGACUGGUUCUACCAAGAAACUCAAGUCCACAUCAUCCACUGAUGACCUGAACACAACAUCCAGUUUUAAAGGCAAGCCCUUGACUUGUGAUGCUUCAGCUUGUGAGGUCACAGCUUGGUUACAGGCCAAUCGAUUUAACAGCUACAAAGAGAUAUUUCAGAACUUCUCAGGUGGAGAUAUAUUACGUCUGACACGAGAUGAUCUUAUUCAGAUUUGUGGGCUAGCUGAUGGAAUCCGAUUGAAUAAUGCUCUACAGGCAAAGGCAAUCAGACCAAGGUUAAUAAUAUAUGUAUGUCAAGAAAGUGACUCAGUGUACCAUGCCCUCUACCUCGAGCACCUGACAAGCCAGGAACUUCUGGAGAAGCUUGCCCAGCUCUAUAAUGUCAAUGCAGAUCAAAUUGGAGAAUUGUACUGCCAGGGACCCUCAGGAAUCUAUGUCCUCCUCAAUGACGAGGUCCUUCAAAACAUGUCCGAACAGUCAAGAUUCUGUGUGGAGGCCAUGAAAUCAGACUCAUCUGACCAAUACAAGGUGUUACUGAAAUCAAUUUCCUGACCAUAGCCAUGCACUUCCACAGAUCUCGCAGCGAGCAGUUGCUUUGUUGGCGUAAAAGACCUGUUAUAAAAGGACAAAAAAAUCAUUCAAGAUUUGCCAGACUUCAUUGUUAGUGUCUUCACGUUGCAACUUUUCAGAUAUCUUGCAUACUAACUACAGAAGUUUAACAGCAGUGGAGUGUUAAUUGUCAAAAAUUACUCCAUCAUUUGUGGUAUACAACUCCAGAUAUAAAAUAUAACAAUUAUUCCACAAUCUGUUGAAGGUAUAUUUUGACUCAAAGGCUAAAGUGACUCAUUCUGAAUAAAAUUUGUCCAUUGUCUGUCCUUGUUGACUAAAAAUUUCACAUAUUCAUCUUCUUUGCAAGAACCACAGGGCCAAUUACAA